CUGAACUUCUGCUCACCAGCUGCCUGUCAUGAUGACUUCACGGGACCGGCCUCCCCGGUGGACCGCCGUUUUCUUACUAUUAGCAUUGCUGUGUUGCUUGUUGGGGCCAGCUGUAUCCGUCAAGCACGAAAACUUCAAAACAUGUGAUCAGUCUGGCUUCUGCAAACGCAAUCGCCAGUUCGCCGAUGACGUCGCCGCAUCGAGCUCUUGGAGCUCACCGUACAUGCUCGAUCCCGCCUCGAUAACCUUCAACAACGGCCAAUUAGAGGGCGUUGUACUCAAGACCCUCAAGGAAGGCGAGGAGAAAGUUCGCCUACCACUGACUGUGACUUUUCUCGAAACCGGCGUCGCACGCGUUACCCUUGACGAGGAGAAGAGGGCCAAGGGCGACAUCCAGCUCCGCCACGACAGCAAGGCCAGGAAGGAGCGGUACAACGAAGCUGCUCAGUGGGCUCUUGUCGGUGGGCUGAAGCUCUCUUCAGGUGCUGCUCUUAGCCCCGAGGUUGAAGACGGAUACACCAAGGUCGUCUAUGGCAAAGAUGGCAAGCAUCAAGCUAUCAUUCGGCACGCUCCAUUCGGCAUCGAGUUCCAGAGAGAUGGAGAGACUCAGGUCAAGUUCAACGAGCGUGGUUACAUGAACGUUGAGCACUGGCGGCCAAAGGUUGAGAAGCCCGUGGAAGAGAAAAAGGAAGGGGAAGAGGAAGCCAAGCAAGAGGAGAAGAAGGCCGAGGAACCCGUUGAAGAUGAGAGUACAUGGUGGGACGAGUCUUUUGGUGGAAAUACCGACACCAAGCCAAGAGGUCCUGAAGCUGUGGCGCUCGACAUCUCUUUCCCCGGUUACGCUCAUGUCUUUGGUAUCCCAGAGCAUGCUACAAGACUGUCUCUCAAGACUACACGGGGCGGUGACAACGCCUAUACUGAGCCCUACCGCUUGUACAAUGCCGAUGUCUUCGAGUACGAGAUGGACAGCCCGAUGACCCUCUAUGGUGCCAUUCCUUUCAUGCAAGCUCACCGCAAGGGCUCGACCGUCGGUGUCUUCUGGCUCAACGCUGCCGAGACCUGGAUUGAUGUGACCAAGAAAAAGACUACGGCAAACCCUCUGGCCAUGGGAGUUGAGGGCCACACUGAUACACAAACCCACUGGAUGUCUGAAAGCGGUCUGUUGGACGUUUUCGUCUUCCUCGGCCCCACUCCUCAGGAUCUCACUCGCCAGUAUGGUGAGCUCACCGGUUACACUGCUAUGCCGCAGUCUUUUGCCAUUGCCUACCACCAGUGCCGAUGGAACUACGUCACCGACGAAGACGUCAAGGACGUUGACCGCAGAUUUGACAAGUUCAACAUCCCGUACGAUGUCAUCUGGCUCGAUAUUGAAUACACGCAGGAGAAGAAGUACUUCACUUUCGAUCCUCUGACCUUCCCCGAUCCCGAGGGAAUGCAGAAACAGCUUGACCAGCGAGAGAGGAAACUUGUUGCUAUCAUUGACCCACACAUCAAGAACACUGAAGACUACCCGGUCAUUGAUGAGCUCAAGAAGAAAGACCUCGCUGUUAAGAACAAAGACGGCGACCAAUACGACGGAUGGUGCUGGCCUGGAUCUUCAAUGUGGGUGGACUGUUUCAACCCGGCCGCUGUCGACUGGUGGAAGGGGCUGUUCAAGUACGACAAGUUCAAGGGAAGCGCUCCCAAUACCUUCAUUUGGAACGACAUGAACGAGCCAUCUGUGUUCAACGGUCCUGAGACCACCAUGCCCAAGGACAACCUACACCAUGGCAACUGGGAGCACCGCGAUGUGCACAACAUCAACGGCAUGACCUUCCACAACGCGACAUACCAGGCUAUCACUGAGCGCAAGAAGGGUGAACUCCGCCGACCAUUUGUUCUCACUCGUGCCUUCUACUCUGGCAGCCAGCGCAGUGCAGCCAUGUGGACGGGCGACAACCAAGCAGAAUGGUCUCAUCUCGAGGCUUCCCUUCCCAUGGUUCUCAACCAGGGUAUUUCCGGUUUUCCCUUUGCAGGUGCCGAUGUUGGAGGCUUUUUUGGAAACCCCAGCAAGGAAUUGUUGACCCGCUGGUACCAGGCCGGCAUUUACUACCCAUUCUUCCGUGGCCACGCUCACAUUGACACCCGUCGUCGUGAGCCCUACAUUCCCGGAUCGCCUUACACUGAGAUUAUCACUCAGGCCCUUCGCCUGAGGUACCAGCUGCUUCCUGCCUGGUACACUGCUUUCCACGAGGCCCACACCACCGGUGCUCCCAUCAUCCGUCCAAACUUCUGGGUUCAUCCCGAUGAUGAGGCUGGCUUUGAAACUGACGACCAGCUCUACAUUGGUUCCACUGGACUUCUUGCUAAGCCCGUUACUAAGGAGGGUGCUGACAGCGUCUCCAUCUAUAUCGCCGACGACCAGCCCUACUACGACUACUUUGACUACACUACUUACAGCGGCAAAGGACAUCACACUGUCCCUGCACCUCUUGAGAAGAUUCCUCUUCUCAUGCAAGGCGGCAACAUUGUUCCUCGUCGAGACCGUCCUCGCCGUUCCUCUGGCUUGAUGAAGUACGACCCAUUCACACUCGUUGUCAACCUUGGCAAAGACGGCAAUGCUAUAGGUACACUAUAUGUCGACGAUGGAGAGACCUUUGACUACGAGAUGGGUGCUUUCAUCCACCGCCGCUUCUCGUUUGAUGGCCCUCGUCAGAUUCUCACCUCGUCGAACCUUGACACCAGCCAACGCACCGUCAAGUGUGAGAAGUACCUCAAGACUAUGGAGAACGUGCGUGUCGAGAAGAUUGUUAUUGUUGGCGCACCAAAGGAGUGGAAGGACAAGCACGAAGUGAUUGUUAUGCAGGAGGGAGAAAAGGAGACUCGCAGAAAGAAGUCUAUCCCUCUGGAGUUCCAUGCUGCCGACGGAAAGAAGGCUGCAUACGCCGUUGUUCGCGAUCCCCGUGUGUUCAUCACGCGAGGAUGGAAGGUCGACUUCGGUGACCAGGGUGCAGGACACGAACACCAUGGACAUGCGCACUAAACUGCAGGUGUAGAUUUAAGUUCCGAUUAAGAGAGAUAUCAUGAAGUAUGUGGACGAGAUGGACAGCGAGUAGAGAGACAUGGUGAUACGUAGCAUACAAGAUCUAAAAGCAAGAAUAGGGACUAGAAAGUGUAAUUUAGUAGAAAGCGC